AUGGGUCUCACACCCAUUCGCAUUCGGGGCAAGCGAAAAUAUCCAUCUAUAAACAAGCCAUUGCCUCUAGCCAUUUCAGCAUCUACGCCUGGCACCCACGACAUCCGUCCUCUCAAAAAGAUGAGACGCUCGCUAUCCAAUGUUCUCGCUUCCCGGGCAACACGAUGGAGACCAACUCUUCAAGCUCUUCCCGCAGAGAUUCUCGAGAGCAUAUUCCUUUACAGCGCCAACGUCGCUUUGCCUGGCGCCUCAUUGCUCAUGGGCGCCAAGUUAUCUGGACGUGCGACUCUCAUAAGAUUCCUUAUUUGGGCUUUUCACGAGACCUGGGAUCAAUCAUUUGGAAAUAUUUCGACCAGCGCGGAGAAGGACAAGAGUGAUGUAAGCGGUGAUCGGCAGCUUCAGUCGACGAUAUUAGAUCUGCCAUGGAUCAGUGCUGACUUUAUCGUCCAAGCGCAACAGGCUUGGGCAGACACUUAUGCCAGGAACCGUCAUUACGGCCAUUAUCUUCCCCGGUUGGACGCAGAAGGUGACCCCUUCAUGUAUAGUCAUGACCACCAGUUCGAAGGCGGUGUCGGACACUUCAAGUCCAAAGAAUGCUUCGAAGCUGAUUAUAAGGAGAUUCUAUCCUGGAAACCGUUUGAGAAGGUCGGGGAAUGGGGUGGAUGUGAUAUUCACCCAAGAGUACGCAUACCCACAACCCUCAUCACCGGGCCAUGGGAUGAGAAGGGAUUGCGACUUCUAUUUUGGCUCCGGCGAGCUGGAAGAGUAUACGGGGUUGAGGAAAGUGAAGCAUCUUGGGAGUUGCAGGUGGAUUGUCUUCGAAAUGCAUUCAUCGAUGCUUCUGAGCCGAGCGUUCUCAUCACGAAUCUGUUUGACCUCACUUCGCUCUGUCGUGGCUUGCCCCGGGACGUUGCCCGGGAAGAGAGGCGCCGAAUCGACCAGCGGCUAAAAUGGGGCGGAGAUGGUAUUGUCGCCAAAGAGAUUCUUCGGGAAGUCCACAGCAGGAUCGGAAUGUUCCACGAUGGGUUUGAUGCCCCAGGCUGA